AUGUUUAACCAGGAACGCUUGCCAUCGCUUUCACCUUUUCUGCGAACAGGCGAACACAUCUACGCGAUCUUUCCACGAAAACAUCAACCGGAAGCGGAAGUAGAAUGCGAUUGUAUUCUUUUCGGGUCUUUGGGCUUAGAAAAUACCAGCUUCUGCUUCUCAUGCCCGGUUUUCAGCUUUAAAGUUUAAUCUAUAUCACUAUGCUUUAUUUUCAUCGGUAGUGAAACAUACAAAUAUAUAAUUAUUUUAAAUUUUUUCGUUUACAGCCUUCCUGGGGGACUGUUUUCUAGUAGUUCUGUAUUGACCGUGUAGUUUCCAGUUCCUUGUGGUAAACAUGGCGUCUCAGACUGAAAGGUGGAAGUCAGAGUUAUAAUUCCUUCUUUUAUCCCAGGCGAGUGUUAUUGAAAGAAUGAGACCACCACCAGUAGUAACUGGCAUCUCACCUGCUGAGGGUCCUCCUGGAACUAAAGUGAUUAUACGUGGGGAGAACCUCGGAAUCAACGCCAAAGAUGUGACAGGUAUGAACAGCUGAAUGUCAGAAUUGGAACAUGUUCUUUUCCACCUAAUACCUCCUUGAACUCGUUCACUUGUUACAAACAUAAUGCCAGUAGGUAAUCUACAGAAUAAGGGACCUCUUUUUUACACAUCGAAUUCAUGAAGUUAACCACAACACCAGCAGUAGACUGGAUUCUCAUAUAAGAUAAAAAUGCCCACAUAAAUAUCCUUUUACCUAUAAGAUAACCAAUAGGAACGAUGUGCGUAUGGUGACUCCAAAAAAAACUCGCAAAACUCUUUGUUAUGGCACUGAUAAAAAGAGAAAUUCUUACCUGUCACAAAGUCUUGUACAAGUCUUGUUUUUGCGAGUUUUUUUUAGAGUCACCAUAUAAACUCAAUUACCACCAGAGCAAAUAAGACUCUUGGCUUACUGCACCGUAACCUGAACUCAUGUUCACCCUAUAUCAAGAAUGUUGCCUAUAAGCCCCUGGUAAGACCGCAGCUUGAAUACUGUAGCCAGAUUUGGGAUCCUUAUGAGAAGGGUGACAUCUUAUCACCUGAGAAGGUACAACGAUGAGGAGCUCACUUUGUUAGUGGAGACUACCGUAGAGAGUCAAGCGUAACCUCAGUUGGCAGGUUGGCAGUCACUUGAAGAGCAUAGGGCGGUAGCCUGCCUGAUGCUUAUGUACAAAAUUGUCCAUGCUGUUGUCAAUAGCUCCACCUCACGCCUCCUGCCAAGUGGUCGCCAAUCAUAUUUAUCGAACCCUUGACCUUUGCAAUGUUAGUGCAGUGCUCUAACAGCUGGGACCAGGUCAAAGGUUUAAUUCCCAUACCAGCCUAAAUUUUUCAGGAUUUCUUUUCGUGACUACAAAAGCUGCAUCUAUUAUUAAACCUUAUUGCAAUGAUCUUCUUUCAUGGCUACCUUGGGGAUAGAGAUCAGAUGGGUGCCUUGAGGAGAGGAUAAACAAGUGUAUAAUGCAUUCCUCAAAUAAAUGGCCAUCUUGGAGGGGUAGACAAUAGAAGAGGCUUAGAGUAUGCUUAUUUGAAUACUUUUAAUAUUUAUAGGACUGUCAAUUUGUGGUGCAAACUGCCUACUUUCUGCGGAUUAUAAGUCAGCUGGUAAAAUCAUAGCACGAACUGGUCAGGCCAAGCCAGGCAAAGGAGAUGUUAUUGUUACAACACGGUCUGGGGGUGUAGGAACCUCAACUGUGCAGUUUAAAAGUGUUGUGGUAGUGCCAGGUAGGUUGAAUAAAAAUAUGUGUGCACUUCUUUCAGGGUUUUUUGCAGCAGAUUGCAUAAUCUAUGAGAAAUCUCAUAGUUAAAAAAUUAAUAAUUGGAAAAAGUAACUAAUUAUAUAAAUGCUUAUAAUCUAUAAAAGCUAUAUUAUAGUGACUGGUAUGACCAUACAGUGUGAGUGGUCUAUAAGAAAUCUGCCCUAGAGAAUUCAGCGUUCAGUUUGCCACAUAAUACAGCUUGCAUAAUGUGACCGUCAGCAAUUUUGCAUUAGUUCCUAUACCCUUUCGUAUGGCCUGUCUUUUACGAUACUGUCAAACUAUUGUUGUUAGUUAUCUUAUUAACUGUUACUAGAUAAAAAUGUUAAGUUGUCCUUUUUACAGCAAUUGGUGAAACCUACAACAUAGGUCUCUACUUAAACACAGUAAAUCUGUGAAAUUUCAAAGGGCAGAGGAUUAAAAGGAAGGUCCAUUGUUUGACAGGAGUCUAGCUUGACAUAAACUUAUUUGCAAUAAUUUUUGGGUAUACAGUUGAUCUCCAACUAAGUUUAACUUUUCAAACAAAAUUUUGUUAUAAUUUGAUAUGUUUGCAGUUGACUGUAUACAUGUUGAUUUAAACUUGCUGUCUGCAGAUCCAUUGAAAGAAAGUGCUGUUUGGUUAGAAGAGGUCGAUCCAGAAGAGCUUAGGGCAAGAUCUGGUUCAGCAAGACCAGUAUCACCUCAGAUAAACGCAAGCCAGGAUCCUCUAGGAACAGGAACUGAUGUUUUUGGGUCAGUUCAUUCAAACAGCCACUGUAGCCAUUUAUUUUUUUUGUAUCUCAAUACCUUUUUCUGACCCUGGUGUUGGUCAGUGGCUUCCCCCCUAAAUAUUGCUUGUUCUUGCAGUCAGCUACCCACCCUGUUUUGCAGGCCUUGGGUUCACAGGCUCAUUCAAGCUGACAAAAUUACCGCUAUACACAAGAAAAGCAAGUUUUAAAGCUACUUACACAUGUAACUGUAUUUAUGAGUAAAAUUUUAAUAUAACUGCUCAUAUUGUGAUGUUUAAGUCAUGUAAUUGACAUUGUCUGAUAGAAAUGAAAUCAAUGUGUAACCACAGGAAAGAGUAAAGAGGUCCACCAAUGCACAAAAAUUUGAUACUUAUUAACUUAAAUUUAACUUAACUUUCUAAAACUCCUUGAUCAGCCCCUGUAAUAAUAAUGUUCAGCAUGUCCUAGACCUGCUAAGCCUGCGAGCAAGCUCUCUGGGGUUCUCUGGCGGCGGGGUGGGAAAAGGAAGGAGAGCUUGCAACUACUUCUCUGGAAUUGGAAUAUCUGUAUGGAAAAAGUUGAUGUGAAAUGCUGAUUGGCAGAGAUGACAUUAGUAAUGACGUCAUUACCUUUGGCGUGUGCUUUCACAUGUUUUUCAAUGUUUGUUUACGUUCGCGCUGGUUUCCAUUUUGUGCUGAUAUUUUGGCGAAAAUCUCACCACUCAGUCGACGGGAAGCUACAAGGGAAUUGUACGGGGAAUUCAAAUUUCCAAAGAUGUAAUUGCAAGCUCUCCUUCCCUUUCCCACCAUGCUGCCAGAUCACCCCAGAGGGCUAGCUCUCUGGCUAAGACCUGCACUGAGUAACAUAUCUUAUGUAUAAUAUGUUUAUUCUUUGUUUACUAUUUAGUUAUAAGCUUACAGAGGAGCAGCUGGAAGAUUUUUAUCCUGAAGGUAAGAUUAUGUUUAGCAUUAUUGCUAACAUGUAAUGAUGGGCAUUAAAAGUAGAAGCAUAACCAUCUUUGUUACAAAAGUGAUCUUUUGUUGUCAUGGAAAUGUGGUUUUUAAAAGGCAAUAAGGAGUGUGUAUUAAGUGCGUGUGAUAUUUUUUAAAGUCUUUAAUAUUUUAUGUAGUCCAUUAUAAUGAAAUUAAUAGGUACUUAUAUAUUGGGUAAUUCAUAAACCAGGUUUCAUGUGGAAAACAAUAUUUAUCUAGUGUAUUUCUUUGUAGGAAGUGGAAAUAUUCUGAGUGACAACUUUCAUCCUGGUUGGUUUUUACUGGAAAAGCACUCAGACACUGAGUGAGUGGAAUAAUUAUCAUUUAACAGAUCAGACACAGUGUUCGGUUCUCUUAAUUAACCCUUAAAAUCAUAGAUACCAAGAUGAUAUGUUCGAAAUUCAGCUUCAGUUUUAGUUUCAUUUUCUUUUUUGCUAGAAAAUAGACAGUCUCAAAAUGCAUUAAUAAUAAUAAUAAUAAUUACAUUAUUGUUAUUUUCAAUGUUAUUAUAAUUUCUAUUAACAACUUAAUCGCUUAACUAUGUAGUCCAAGAUAAAAUACACAGUCUUUGGCAGUAAAUGGGACUAAAGGUUGUUGGGUGCACCCUGGGGUAAAACAAGGGUCGCAGCAACACACCCCAUAAAGUGCAUGCAAUAAGGGUGGCAGCGACACACCCAAAACUGAGUAGAGCAAUAAGGGUGGCAGCGACACACCCUAGUAAUAUACGUAAUGGAAUGAGGGUGGCAGCGACACACCCUAGUAAUAUACAUAAUGGAAUGAGGGUGGCAGCAACACACCCUAGCAAUGAGCAGUGCAGUGAGGGUGGCAGCGACACACCCUGCACGGUAACGGACGAGGCAACGAGUGGAGCACAUCCCCACCCAGGAGUGAAUAAACUAAGGUGGGGUGGGGGCCCCACCCGGCCUGCUACGCGGAGGUAAAAGUAGCAGGUGUGCACCCAAGCCAGUAGUCCAGCUUUAUUGAAUUGAAGGGCGGGUGUGGCAGGGAAAAUCAGAAACUAAUGCGUAGUAAACUACUAUUGGAAAAUACAACGCGUGCACGCAAAGUGAACAAAACAAAGGAGCACACAGCUAGCUUUGAUGGAUAUAAGUAAAACAUAGUAUUGAUUACAGCUACUAACAAUGAAAACUUGUUAUCACCGAAGUUUGUAGAAACAACUGAAGGUCAGUUAUUGAUGUAAUCUAAGAUAAACAAGGAGCUCAUGAACCAGAGCUGAGUCACGCAAUGUUCUUUAUGUGCGAUAGCAAGAUAUUUGCCACCCAGGGCAAAGUAAAUCAUAAUGAAACAAUGGCUGAAGUACGCUCUAAUUAGUUAACUCUAUUUUACGAGUAAAAUGUCCAUUGUCGCAAUGUUGAAUAUAUUGUUAUUAUGUUUCACCUACCCCAAAUUAUUAUUGCUCCUCCUACAUUAAGAUUAGAAAAAAGGGGAUCUAUAAAGAAAAAAUCACCGUGCAUGGUGAUUAAAGACAUUGCUCCUCUUUUCACACAAAUUAUAUGUUAAGCCAUUAAAUCUGCUUGUAUGCAUUAUUCAAUGUAGUAUAUUAUUGCUGUAUAUUUUUCUCUCACCAUCAGAUUUAUUACAUUAAGAGGCGGUCUCAAGUAUCUGAGGCAUGAAGAGUCCAGACGUGCAGCAGAUCCUUUAGUUUUUGUCAAAGAAAAUGUUGCUACUUUUCUAGAUGCUGUUGAUACAUUAAGAAGUAUCCUUAAAUGUAACAAAAUCUGUAUUAAGUGGCUCUCAAAUUUAAUUUAAGCUUGUCUUAAUUAAGUGAUGAUUAAACACUGAGGAAAUUAAGAAAAUAUUAAGAAUAAAACACGAGAGUGAAAGACAUACAUGGUGCAACUGCAUAAGAUGAUCGGGGGGAGUCAUAACAGAUACAUAGCAAGGUGAACAUAACAAAAGCCAGCUUGUGCUGGCAAAAUUUGACUCUGGAUAUCUUUGGCAAACUAUGAUAAAAAGGUGUUUCUCUAGUUCCUCACUGUAAUACAGCACUUUGCCACAAGAACAAUGUACCUACCUGCCAAUAACGGUUGCAUUUAAACACGAAUGUUCUCUUUUUUUGGCCCAUUUUGUGAAAAUUUAUGUUCUUAAAUAGUUCCUUGACCUGAUUGUAAGAUGUUCAGCAUGAUAUGCUUCGUGAUGAGAGUAACUGUGAUGGAGGAUCCAUUGUAGAGAAACUUGAGUCCUUUGUUCAAGGUAAAGUUAGUGAGUCCUUUGCCAUUGGAUUAGGCUAUUUUCUUUGCCAAUGUAUUUCAGGUGCAGGUCCCUACUACGUGGCGUGGCAGGAACUUACUUAACCAAAUAUACUGUUAUUUAACCUUGUAGUUAUCAAAAGUGAGUGGUAAGUAAGUUCAACUGUACAUUAGCUUCUAUGCCACAUUUUUAAUUUGAAGAUUUAGGUAACAAUAAUAUGAUGCUGUUUAAAGUAUCAUACCCAGUGACAGAUCAAAAUGUUAAAAUGGAGACCAGUAUUAUUGAAAAAUUAAUAGGGCUUUGAAAUGCCUUUGGCUUCACUAUGGUUGAUUUUAGUGGCUGGUUCAUGAUAGUUUCUUUAUGGAUCCACGAGGAUUAGUAGUGCAGGCUUUAGUCUCUGGUGGCUGCACAAGAACUAUAGCUCUGAAGUUAUGGUGUGCAAGUUUCAGGAGGUACAGGAAGGAGAUGGUUUCCUCCUAUUUCUCCUCCCCCCCCUCCUAGUUUAAUCCCUUUUCUUAAUAUCCACCUUGCCCUCCUCAAUCUUCAUCUUCUUUAAAACUACACAUUUGAAAUUAACUAAGUGCUAGUGCCCCCCAAAUUUUUCCGAAAACCAAGACCUCCAACUUGAAGCUAACCAUGACUAUUCCUUAAUGUUUGCUGCAGGUGCAAGCAAAAAUGCUGAGGGUUUGUUUCAAGAUGUACUGGGUCGUAAAGAUGAUGCUGACAGAACUAGGAAUGCACUUAACGUACUUCAGAGAUUCAGAUUUCUGUUCAGCCUUCCACAGUGCAUUGAGAGGAACAUUCAACUGGUAAAUAUCACAAAUUAUUAUUAUACCAAGAAAACUGCUCAUCUUUUGCAAUAAUAUAUUAGUGCUUGGUUCAGACUGCAUUGAUUGGUGUGGUGCUAUAUUAAGCAUGCAGUAACAUAAUUUAUUAGUUACAAGCUACAAUAUCCCAGAGAUUAGCACUUGAGUCUGGUUGUUCAUUGCAUAAUUAGCAGAAGUACACUCAAGCUCAGUAAGCCAGCAGAAGGCCUAUACAAGGCUUAGAACGAUAUUUUCAAAGCUCAAUAAGAAUAUAAUACAAGAUAUAAACCUUAUUGUAUUAUAGUUCUGUGCAAAUUAAUAAUAUAAUAAUUAAUAACAAUCAUUGAAUGAGUACGAUGGGAAGAAUCAUGCAGAUUGAGGAGGAUGUUUAAUCUACCAAUGCUGAUGGCCGAGGUGGAUAACAUCCUCUGAGAUGAUUUGCAUAAUUCUUCACAUCUUUGGACAGCUGAAUUCUAUAAUGAAAUUGUUAAUUAUUAUUCAUUCAAAAUAUUUUUUAGUUUUGAACAUGCUUACGUCCAAGCUACGUUUUCAAAAAAUAUUUGGCCUAUACUUCUCGGCAUGGUUUCAGGAUGUAAACAGAUGUUUUAUCUUGUAGAUACUCCUCAAAAAGUAGAUAAAAUCCAUUGAGCAAGAUGUUUUGUGUAUUCUUGCAUUACUUCAAUAUCAAAUAUAUCAAAUAUCUUCCAAUUAAUUAUGGUAAGUGCCUGUUGGUCAAGAAGAAUUAGCUGGGGGAUUGGAGCCAAUCAGAAAUGGCCAAAUAUUUUUAAUGAAUAAAUUGUAUAUCUUGAGACUAAAAUAAGUCACUUUGAAUGUGGCUAUUUUCUUUCUUUGUAGUAAACGGAUCUGGUCUUUCCUUAUUUCUUUAGGGUGAAUAUGAGAUGGUAAUUAGUGAUUAUGCAAGGGCCAAGUCAUUAUUUGCAGGAACGGAUAUAAAGAUUUUCAAAAGAGGUGUGCUGAUUGUGCAGUAUUGUUGCUAUUGUUUAUGGACCAACAUGAGAAUGUUUAUAGAGUCAUGUUUUUCUUCUUGCUGGAGGUUAUAUAUUCAGAUCUGUCCUUAUGUACUUUUUCCUUUUCUAAUGUACAGUGCUGCAAGAAGUUGAAGCAAAAAUAGAAGGCUUUCGACAGCAUCUUAAAUUAAAACUGAGUGACUUGCCAUCACCAUUAGAAGAUCAGAAGAGACUCAUUAGGUAAUUAUCAUGUAAAAUAUAAUAAAGUGUGAAAAUUAUCUCACUCUACCAGUAAUCAGCAGCAUCCAAAGCAACUUUUGGUAAAUUUAUAUAAAUUCUUUUAUCAUCUAUUGCAGUCAUGCAAGCAAAAUCAGCUCUUUUCAGUUAGAUUGACAUCCAUGAUUUUUCUGCAGUUUAACAACAUUUGGUGGUUCACCAUGUUGUAAUGAUAAACACGAAAGCAUACAGAACUCUUCUUUUCAAGAACAACUCAUUGCAAAUUCGUUUUUUGUCGUCCAGUAUAUCUAAGGCUAUGUUUUAGGAGUAAGGGAAAGUUCAUUUAAUAUGACAAGGGGGGGGGGGAUGAAGAUAUUGAGGGGGGGCUCCGAAAAUUUUUAGACACCCGAAGGGGGGGCUCUGAAAAAAUUGUUGGGCUAGGAGGGGGGGCUCCGAAAAUUUGUAUACUUCAAAACCAACACAUGACAUCAUCAUACAGAUCGGAUGGUUUUCAACUCAACAAUUUAAUGACCUGUGCAACUCAGCUAUAUCACAUGGUUUACAGAUAUAACAAAUUUAUGUAGUCUCAGUAAUUAUUACACUCUUGUUCAUCCCAAAAAUGCUUUAGAAAAUUGUUUCACAACUGUAUCUCAAGUUUGUCAUAGUAUAAACCAUUGAAGACAAUAACGGUAAAUAUAUUUAAUAUAGUCUAGCGAUCUUUUUUCAGGGGAGCAAAGGAAUUGAAGGAGGAGGGGGGGGGGCUCUGAAAUUUUUUCGACUACCAAGGAGGGGGCUCCUAAAAAAUUGAACCGCUAGCAAGGGGGGCUGCUAAAAUUUCAAGCUUCAAGUUUCAAUAUCUUCAUCCCCCCCCCCUUGUCAUAUUAAAUGAACUUUCCCUAAAUAUCCAAGAGAUAGGAUGUCACCAAUUAUGUCUGGGUAUGGUAGUUUAAAGCAGGUUAAGUUAAUCUGUUUGUAUUACUAACUUCAAAUUAUUAUUUUCUAGUUCAUUGUUAAGUAAUGAUCCAGGUAAGGUGGAUAGCAAUUUCUUUUGUUAUGCGGCAAUGGUGCUUUCCCCACAUAGGAAUGUUCUCAUUUUUACACAGAGAAUGCAUAAACCUACAUGAAGGCCGUUUACACAAUAAAAUGCAUUUACACUCCACUUUGAAAGGGUGUUUUUUUGUGUUAAAAGAUUUUGACCAAUCACAAGAGUUGAAAACAAUAGCCAAGAAAAGUUUACAAUUUUACAUGUUCCCCACAUAGGAUUUCUUUGUUAUUCAAACUGUUAUUCAAACUGAGACCAGAUUUUGUUAUAUGGAAGAUGGUUGGAAAGUAAGGAUGAAUAUAUGUACCGCUUUAUGAAGUUUUGUUAACUUUUGCUGUUUAAGCCAAUCAGAAGUAAGUAUAGACAAUAGAAAAGUUAGCACCUUUUUUGCAUUCCAGCAUGUCCGUUGCCGUUGUUGCUAUCGUUCUUAUCUGGACCGUUUCUUAAUUAUUUCCCUAAAUUAAUCAGAUAAAAUUAAUGUAAGAAAUACUUUUCAAUUAGAGAACGGUAUUGUGAUUAAACUUUAUCCAAACUGUAUGUAGAUUCAAAAGCAGCAAAAUAGGCUCUUGGCAGUGGAAAAACUGGCUGAGCAAGUUAAUAUUAAAUAUCACUGGCCUGACGAUUCCUUAAACAUGUUGCUAUGAUCCAGAUCAUUACUUCACUGCAUGAAAUGAUCAAUAUUUUCUGUGUGUUUUUCAAUAAGACCUUAUAAAGACCUUUAAGUUGCAACUUGCAGUUGAGGGUGGCAUAUUUUGAUUUGUGGAUAUUUGUAACUUAUGGCCAAAUUAACUGUUUUUGUAGUCACUACAAUCUGAGAUGUGGAAUUUGGUUUCAGAUAUCUGGUAGACCUAGACUAUCAGGGGGACCCUGCUUGGGAAUGCCUUGCCAAUCAGAAAGACUGGUUACUCAAAUUGCUGAUGAGCUCUCAAGAAGAUCACAAAUCUAAGGGUAUAAACCAUUGUCUUAUGUUUAUCACAUUAUAAAUUAUUCUAUAACAAGGUCUUGGUGUUCCAUCCCAAAGGGGAGUUUACUGUGUUUUCACUCCCCUUUAGAUUCUGUUCCCCUGCUUCAAGUUGAUUCAGCAAAGGUUGACUUAGACAUCAGAGCAUCAAGAAGUGCCUUGUCUUUAGGUUUGUAACUGAUUUCAAUUCAUUAUGAUACAGAUACGUUUAAGAGACUGUUGUCAUUUAUGUUACGUUUUGUCUUGUGUUAGUUAAGUCUGAUUUAGGGUUUAUAAAUAAUAACAUAUCUUAUUCAUAAUUAUUUUAGCAUCCUACCGAAGUGAAUCUCUG